AUGCCGCCCGCACGAGGUGCAACGGAAGAGCGCGGCGCGGGCGAACUUGGGACCGCCGAGGAGCUGAAGAACGUUCCCCUCGUGGAGGACGACGCUGUGAGUGCGGUUCUCCGCGGAUCCCGCGUGUUUUUCCAAGAAGGCGGGGCAGAGGUAGGGGACGAGGAGUGCGUCGUGUUCCUCGACACAGAGACCACGGGUCUUGACCCUACUGCUUGCAAGGUUCUUGAGCUAGCGCUUCUGAAGGUUUGGUAUUCCCCGAGCCAGCGGCGUCCUGUCUUCAUCGACGGGGCCUACGACCAACUGGAAGAUCCCCAGGAGCAGAUCAGCAAUUCUAGCACUUCUCACGCCAGUACCCAAGAGGUUGGCGAGUUUAGUGGGCCAAAUGCUGGCCUGAAGUUCGACAGGGAAGCGGCCCAGGUGUUUGUCUCGGAGGGCUCGUGCCGCGGGCGGAAGCCUCUGCUGAUAGCUCACAACGCCAGGUUCGACAAACGCUUCUGCGACAAGUACUUCCCGGAAUGGUCUUGUGACGCCGACUGGGCCUGCUCGUGCAACGGCAUCCGCUGGCCUCCUGGACCAAAAAAGCAGGAGCACCUGCUCAAGGCGCGCGGCUACUGCUUCGUCGGGCACCGCGCGAUCAACGACGUGCUCGCGCUUGCGUGGCUCAUGCAUCUGGAGCCCGAGCGCUUCAUGGAGAUGCUGGAGUCUGGCCGCCUCGAGCGGAGCCCAGGGCCGCGCGCUGAGCCCGCGCGCGCCUCCAUUGGCCGACCUGUGGAGGAGAGCCCGCCCGAGAGCGGCCACGGCGUGGUGAGCUUCGGGAGGAAGCACAGGGGCAAGGCCUACGAGCAGGUGGUCGCGGAAGACCCAGGCUACGUCGCCUGGGUCCUCGCGAGGCAGGCCAGCAGCCGCGGCAUGCAGGAGUUUCAGGCCUUCCUGCGAGGCCUCGUCGCCGCCCCGGCGGCGAGCGCAACCGCCUGA